AUGAGCUACCCAGAGUAAGUUUUCAUUUUCAUUUUUUUAUGCGCCCUUUUUCCCAUUUGUAAAUUUAAAACGAGCCCUAAAAAUUCAUAUUUUCUUUGAAAGUAGUUUUAUUUGAGAAAAAAAAAAUUACAUAAGCUAUUCGGGUUUUAUAAGUCAGUGAAAAAUGAGUUUCAAGAUAUUAUGCCGCAUUUGAGAGAUUUUCGCUCUUGAAGAAUCGAUGUUUAUAACCGUUUUUCCCUAUUAUAAUCUUCAAGGAGUCAAAAUACUUCAAAUCUCUAUUCUGAUCUGAAGCUUUCAUGACGGAGAGAUAUAAGAAAAACAAAAAAAAUAUUAAUCAAAUGAGAAAAAAAAAAGAUAAAAAGGACACUACGUUUUUUUCAUGACGCAACCUUCACCCAAAAAACUUGGCUGCAAUUUUUUCUGGUUUCAAGCCUCAUUUAUUACUGACCUUUAAAAAUUCCAGGGCUUCGAGCGAGAUUUUCGUUUCUAAAUGUGUUGUUUUAGAGAAUUUCAAUAGCUUUUUUUUGAUAGGAAUAAAACGAAUUUGAUUUUGGAGAGUUUCAUAAUAUGCGUAGGUUCAGAGACGACGAUGCUUGGUUGUCUUCAUAUGGAGCUUUCGAGGAUUUCGCCAAGCCGGACAGUCCACCGCCCGGCGGCGGCUUGUACCAUGAUCCAUCCCUCAGCGUGAGAAUUCCGCCUUUUUCAAAAAUGAUCUUCCUCUAGAAAGUACUAACAAAAUGUUUUGCCCUAGGUAACUCACAAUUUUCUUGAAAAAAAUGGUCUGAUGAUAACUUCUUUGCUUCCAGAAUAUCCCACUCAGCGACGACCUGGCGCCGUCUCCAAGCCGCGACCUCCACGACCCCUUCAAUAAUAAUUUGACGGUGCCGUUGGGAGAAUAUCAGGUAACAUUUUGGCUUGUUUUUUCAAUGUUUUAUUCAUUUUUGCCAUUUUAACUGUGUCAAUAUGAUUUGAGUACUUUUAUUUUUUCUUUUUACUCCGAUUUCGAAUUUAUAAAUUUAGGGGAAGGUAUCACAUGUUUCUUUGACUUUCCGUUUUCUUUUCUUUUUUUUUGUUUUUUUGAAAACCUGGAAACUUUAUCCCAGAUCGAAAUCGUUUAUGAAUAUUGAAAGAAAAUAUCUCUUUAAUCGAAACUUUUGGAUUUUUUUCCUUUUCCUUAAGCUAAUCUUUUUUUUUGCUUAUCGUUCAAAGCUUUUUUUUGGUUUUUUUUGAAUUUUACUUCUCCCUUGUUUUGCAAAUGCCUAGGAAAUCUUAAAAGUUGACCUAAACGAACGUUUCUUCCUCAUUUUGAUUUUUAAAAAUCAAUAUACAUAAUUUUGAGCUUUUUUUUUAUUAUAUAAGCUCAGUUUUUCAUUUUCCUAGAGGACGAAUAUUGCUUUUUUCUAGUAUGGCGGGGAUCAGCUGCGUUCGCUGACGCCGGAUGGCUACCAGCAAAUGCAGACGUUGACCUCCCAGGGCUACGACCAACAUAUGCAGUCCGGCAGCAAUAUGAUGAUGCAGGUAUGGAUUCUCACCUGUUUCCAUUUUUCUUUGCUUGAAAAUAUUGAAUGGUUAUUGUAAUUCUGCUCUUUUUCAGGACUCGUACAACUCCUUCGAACAGCCGACGGUCGUCCAACAACAGGCCAUGGAUCCUUUUGCCGAACUCGACAGCUUGGACGCUCCUUCCACUUCGUACUAUCAUGCGAGUUUUCUCUAUUUUAUAUCAUUUGGGACACUUUAUUUGAUCUUCGAAGUGUUUUUUUAUUUAUUUACUUUAUUUUUUUCUUUUUUUCUCUUUAUAUUUUUUCUCUCUGUUUACUUAGCCAUCACAUUUUGCUGCAGAACAUCCUCUGAAGUUUUUGCAAUCUAUAUUUUUUCAACUGGUUUUCUUUUCGUGCUUUUUUAAAAAGUUAUAUAGGAAAAAAAUUAAAUAGUAUAAUUGAUUUUUUCGGCGUUUUUCUCGUUGACAGAUACUUUUACUUUGCCAUCUUAUGGUUCAGAUGUUUUCACAUGAGCAUAAGGAAAAUAAAUUUCAUUAUUUUGAAAAAGUGAGCUUGGAAAUAGGAUCACAAUGAACCUCGGCGAACUUGAAAAAAAUACUCAAAAAAAAGAAAGGACAAAAAUUUGAAAAAUUCUGUUGUUUCAGUUAUAAUUCAGAGUUUUCAGACGUCGUCGCCGUCGACGUCGCAACAUCCCCCGCAGAUGAUCGGCGGCGGGAUGCAGCCGCAGAUGAUGAAUGUCAACGUCCAACAACACCAGAACAUUCAGCUUCAACAGCAUCAGAUGAUCAACAACCAGAUGGUUUUUUUUAUUUUGUUAAGAAUUUUUCCUUGUUUAUUUUCUGUGGACUGAAAAAAAUGGGCCUUUUAGUGGUCAAAUGAAAGUCUCUACUCCUAUUUACUUUUUGCGAUUCAUAGCCUUUGAACUAAAAACUGGAAAAUCACAUGUAUAUACGGGAAUUUUUAUUCUUUUAUCCUAAACUUCAUCUUAAAUUGGGCUUCUUUCUAGCCUUUUUGCUUCCUGGCUGAUAAUUUUUGUCAAAUCCAAGUUUUUGAUUGGAGUUUUUGCAGCCGUCGACGUCGUACGAAAAUGUUCAGUCGCAGCCGCUCCAACAUCAGCCACAGCACUCGCAGCAGGGUCACAUGCAGUCUCAGCAAAUGCAGCAGAUCCAGCAGUCGCAGCCGGGACCUUCGACUUCCAACAACCGGAGGCCCAAUCAAUCCAGGACAGCCAACAACCGCAAAAAACAGAGUUCGUCCAAUUUUUCAGUUCUUUUUAAGAUUCUUAGUUUUUCUUGAUGGGUUUUACUUUUUUUUUCAUUCAAAUUUUUGGUAAUUGCUUUUUGUAAUUUUUUUGUUUUUUCAACACUUUUUUUUUGGGUAUUUACGAAUUUCGUUCCUUUAAAAUAUUUUUUCUUGCCUUUUUUUAAUCUUAUUGUUUCAAAAAUGAACUUGUUUCCAGAUUCUGCAAACUCGGUUGGAGCUGUUCUGACGAAAGCGAAUCGGUAUCUACAAGAAAAUACGGGUGCCGGUGUGCAGGAGGCGCGGUUAACACUGGAAGAGGCCAAUCGAGUUCGUUUUUCCUUAUUUUUUUUAAUUUUUGCUCAGAAGCUUUCUUUUCCUUUUCUGAAAUGUUUUCCACCCGUAUCCUCCAUGUUUUUGUCCUUUUUCACUAUUUGCUAUGUUUAAACCAAUAUUUCCAGACUGGAGAGAUCCUAGCAAAUUUGAUGAUGCUUCGGAAGCAACAAGAGGAGAUGAAAAUCGAUCAUUCUGCGGAAAUAACUCGACUAGAAGCCGAAUUUUCUGCGAUUUUCGCGCGAAGCUUGCUGCUCAACACGUACGUUUUGAUUAUUCCUGCUGAAGAGAUUAAUUUAUUUCCCAAAGAGUUGAUUGAAUCAAUCUGUGAUAUUUUUCCAUGAUGUUAGGUUUCUUUAGAGUUCACAGUGGCCUUUACAGUGAUUAUUUUUUAUCAUUAUUGAAAGAGGAAUUUUUUAGGGAUAGUGUGAACAAAGACGUGCUGACAGAAGUGCAGAAGCUUUCCGAACCGACGCCCCAACAGCAGCAGCAAAUGCCGCAGAUGAUCCAGCUCCAGCAGCAGCCGAUGCAACUCCAGCACGUGCAGCAAAUGCAGCAGCCCAUCCAGCUCCAGAUGCAGCAGCAGCCCCAGCAAAUGAUGCAGCAACAGGCGCCGCCGCCGCCCCAAAAGCCCCUCCUGCCCGGAAAGCCGCCCAGCGAAAGUCCAAGAGCAACGCGCAGAAUCAGAACAACGCCAACGUCAUCGUCAGCACCACCACUGGUUCGUUUUUGGUCUGCGGAUAUUACGCUUUGCAAAAAUUUGAAAAUACGUACACAAAAGUGAGAAUUUAGAAAAAAUCAGCUAUGGCUUUGGUUAAAAAAAAGCCAGAACUUCAUUACCCGUCCGUUUUUGGUAUCUGAAAACUUGUCCAGAGCUUUAUCCUCGUUUUGAGAGAACUUGGAAAAAAAACAGCAAAUCAAAAAUAAUGAUAUAGUACGAAAGCAAAAGGUAAUGCUGAGAGAAUAUAACGUUUUAUUUAAAUAUUUUUAUCUUUGAAAUAUUCGUACUUCAAUGUGAAGAAAUAACCUAAGAAGUUAAUCUCUGGAUUUUUCAAAGUUUUAAACUGAAAAUAAUCAAAAGAAGUGUUGUUUCUUUUUUUAAAUUUUUUUUUUCAUCCUCUAGGAUUAUGAAAGUUUUCAUUGCGAAAAAAGUUUUUCAGACGCGACAGGUUACCAGCCGAAUGUGAUUUAUCAGACAACCUCCGGACAACAGGCGAUUCCUUCAACGAGCACAGCGACGUCAGUUUUUUUUUUCAAAUCCUUUUUUUUAUAAAGCUGAAAGUUUUCCUCAUUCUCCUUUUUUACUUCAAAAUUCUCUAUUUUCCUCUUGUUUUCCUUUUUUUGCUUUAAAAACUCUGGAAAAAUCGAAAAAGCUUUUCUGUAUGUUUUUUUUUGUCCAUUUCUCGAGGUUAGUGGGUUAUAUAAAAACUAUGUCUAAUCCCGAUAGUGCUUGCCUUGGAAUGGCCUUGAACCGAAAAUCUGGGCGAAAAACGCGCCGGCGCCACCUUCCGCGGCCUUCUUUCCUCGGACUCGUGCACUUUCUUCCCCUCUUUCUUUUCACUUUAUGCGAUCGCUUGUAUAACCUGAUCCUCCCGUGACGAGACGCCGAGAACACGAUUUCACAGGGGAAACUAUUUCUGUUGAGAUUUGGGCGUUUCCGCCAAAUAUUAUUCGGGGAAUCGAUGGACUGAAAUGAGAGAAUGAGGAAGGAAAUAUUGCAAUGAAGGCAGGAAUAGGCAAAAUUGGUGAAAUCACUUGAAGUUAUUUCUCUCAUUCAGUUAAAUGAGCGGUCAGCAAAAGUCUGUAAGAUCCCAAUUUUCAUUCAUAACUUGAUCAAUAUGACUUGCAUUGAAAGACAAUUUAGAUUUCUAUCUUUCAGUUUUUGAAUCAAGGUUUAACAAAAAAAUAAUAAACAUGGGUAAAAAAAUCUUAAGAAAGAUGCAGAAUUCGAAUAUUUUUUUCGCGAUUUCCGCACCAUGAAUAAUGAAGAGGGGAAAUUUUAUAUAUUGAAAAAAACGUCUAAAAAAAGCUUAGUCAAUGAAAAAAACUGUUGCAGUACAAGAUGGUUCAAUAAUAUCGAUUUUCAGGUUCAUCGAAUACCAAGGCCAAGUGGUUCAGCAGACUCAACAAUCGCAACAGGUUCAGCCGACUCAAGUCACUGCUCGGACUCAUGUUUAUCGUGGAGUACGUUUUUUUAUUUUUUUUUUUUUGAUUUAUACUUUUAUCUUUGAGAAGCUUUGAGACUUGGUAGAAAUUUCCUAAACCCUUUUUUCUUUCAGCAAGCGGCAGUUUCGUUCUCUCAGAACGGCCAACAAAUCCAACUUCAACAUCAACCGACGCAGAUCGUCCAAACCGCCACUCAUCUCCAAAUCCAGGCGAGCAACAACGCAGGAACACCACAGACGAUCUACGUUCAUGUAGAUUAUUUCAAAGCUUAUCUGGAAACCAAGUUGUCAUUUUAGGGAGCGCCAGGACAGAGCUUGGGCGAUGUCGUUCGGCAACAACAACAUCAGGUUUCUUUUUGAAUUUUUCAUUGGUCGAAAAGAAUAAAAAUAAUUUUGGAUCAGAGUUUUGCGGCAUUUUUAGUGAGUCUUAGAAAUUUGUGAAAAAGUUAAAAAUGCUAAAGAUAUUGAGCCGUCGCUGGAAUUUUUAUUAUAUUUUUUCUUGUUGUAUUUUUGAGAGCGAAUUUUGGGUUCUAAAGGCAAUCCAGCCGCCCAUCUCUGAUCUGGAUCACUUUUUUUUUGCCCCGUCGCUUGAAAAUCUAGUCUACUCAUAGUUUCUUCAUCAACCUUGUGUUCUUGAAGCAGCCUUACUUUUUUUUUCGUACCAUCUGAGCUUAAUUGAGAAUUUUUGAACUAUCGCGCGCUAUCGAAUACUCUCUUUUUUGCUUAGUCCUGUAUUAUGAAUUUUAUUCUAAUUGGGCAUGUUAAAGGUGGGUGAAAAGUUUGAGCCGUUCCCGAAAAAAAUGCCAACUUUGGCUUAUUUCUCUCGAUGGCUCAAAGUUUUCAUAAUACUAUCAUGGUAGUCUCAAUCCAAAUGGCUCGGUAAAUCCUAACCAAUUUUCUUUUGUUGUAUUGAGCUUUUUACCAAAGCAAGUGUGGCGUGCCAAUCCAAUUUACGUUCGCCGUCGUUUUGUGAUGUUGAUUUUUUAGUUGCGGUUCCAAAAUGGAUCCAAGAAUCAGCCGGUGGCAACAUCGUCGGCACAGAACACCUACAUUCCGUCGCCGUCGCCAACGACGUCGCAGAUGACAUCACAAAGUCAUUCACCGGCCCUACGACAACAGCUUCUUGGCUCGACGCCAUCGCCUUCCUCCUCUACGAUGUCUAGUCUCUCUCAGCAGCCGACCAAUGGGACACCGGUCCUCAUCGCCCAGCAACACCCGCAAGUCUACCAGCAGAACUCCUACCAACAGUCGCAGCCCCAACCACAGCCUGCGGUUCGGCGGAUCGUCGGAACCGUCGCCACGACUUCCAACAGCGAGCCUCAGCCGCAGAGGAUCGUGGUCAACGAAACGAACAACCACAUCUUCCAAGGCUUCCCCACCGGCACAGUUCUCCAAGUUGUGUCGCGAGCAGCGCCUCAGAUCGCCGCUCCACAACAGCCGCCUCCGCGAAUGCAGCGACCUCCGAUCCCUCCUCAGGCGGUGCUCGCUCCGGUUCCGCCACAACCUCUGCCACCUCCGCCGCCGCCCAAACAGGUGAAUAUGUUGUCUGUGUUUGUUGGGUCGUUUGGCAGUAGUAUAUCUGUUGUGGUUCGUCACUUAUCAGUUGGUUUUCUGAUGGUAGAAGAACAAAUUCUGAGAUAUUCUGUAUGCUAGAUCAUUUUUCGUGUUUUCGGUGUGCUUUAUAGAUAACUUUCGAAAAAAGUUAGAUUUAUCAGUCUCUGCAGUUUUUACAGGCUACCUCAGCUAUCUAGUGAUCUUUUCAAAUUAUCUUGUAUAGUGAUCUUUCAUUCUCGUUUUCAGUAAAUAAAAAAAACCUUUUUUAAUGCCUCUCAAGAUUUAUUUCUCUUUAUACAUCUCUUCUUCCUUUUUUUCUUUCAAUUUUUGCACAAAAUGUAUGUUAUCUAAAGAUCAUUUUCCAGGUGAUCAUCAUCGAGAAGCCCUCUUUGGAAGAACAGCAGAGAGCGAUCGAAGAAAAGGUUGAGGAACGUCGGCAAAGGUGAGUUUUCUCAGAAAAAUAAAAACGUUUUUCGCUUCUAUGGAUAUUUAUGUCACUGAUAAAAUUAAAAGUAAUCUCAAUUUUAUCAUGUUUAUGACGUUAUUUUUUUCCAGGUUGAGCGCAUUCUUUGCCCAAAGUGCAGCUUCCUUGGAAAAUCCGCAGACGGAAACACCAUUUUCGGAUAUGCGAGACGUUCUUCAAAGGCUUUUGCCCUUCGCGUUGCAUUCAGAGCCGGAUUUGCGACAGGAUGAGUUUGAUGAUUGUAAGUUUUCAAUCAAUUACGAUGAAAAAUAAUUAGGACCUUACUAGAACAUUUUGAUGGAAACUUUUUUUUUUUCAGUUGAUGACAAUUACCUGAGAAAAAGUAUCAAUUUGUCGAACCAAGUGAGCGGAAUGCGGCAGCGGCUUUGGAAAGUGAUGCUCGACGAAUCCAUGGUACUUUUUGACCUUUCAAUCAUGUUUGAUUCUCAAAAAUUGCAGAAAACUUCGGAAAAGUCAGAAGAGAACAUGUUGGCCCACCUCGAGUUUGAGUAUGAAAAGCGAAGAUUCGAGGAGGAGAAGACGCUGUUGAAAGAGAACCCUGAGGCCAUUGGUAGGCUUUUCGCAAAAAAUGGCUACAAAGGAGAUUUUCAGCUAGUUUCGUUGUGAAAAGUGAUGUACUCAACGCGGUUCAAAAAGGAAUUCUCAAAGUCGAACCGACGACUCCGCCGAAGCCUGCCAGCAAGUCAACGAGUACGAUUUCCGAAGAUUUUUCUGAUAAAAAUUGUGGUUUGAUUUUUCGAAUAUCAUAUGUAGGAUAUUUAGCCUUUUUUCUUGGUUGUUGGGAUUUUAAACAUUUCUUUGUCAUAAUUUAAACGAUUUCUGAGGUUCAAAAUGCUCUCGCAAAAUUUGAAAAAAUCCUUUCAUACUUCAUUCUAAAUUCUCCCACUUUCAAUUACUCGUUCUUUCACUCAUUCAUUUUCAUUCAAGACGCGAAGAAUAUCUCGAUGUUCCACAAUCAGUUCGAAUACCAUCCGUUCGACGAAACGCCUCGGAUAUUUUCUCCGUACCGAUCGCCCUCUCCGAAGCCGAUUCACACUUCCGAGCCGUCAACCUCUUCUCGGGAAACAUCUCCCUUCAGGUGUGUACUUGAACUGGAUUUUUAAAAAUUAUGAAAAAGGAAUUUCUUUUUUUGUUACUCAAUUAUUUUUUCAAUUAACCUUCGAUCAUUUUUAAAAAGAGAAAUAAUAAUUUUCUGCCUUUUUUCGAGAACCAAAAGUUAGACAUAAAUGCAUGUUUUCUUUUUCUUGGUUUUAUGAUUUUUAAAACUUUUUUUAAAUCAUUAUUUGAAUGAUUCGUGAGGUCCAAAAAUGCUCUAGGCGCAUGGAGAUAGCUUUAAAGAAUCCUUUCAUACUUUAUUCAAAACUCUUUAUGAAUGUUUUCUUACCAUUCCAAAUCUCCAUUGCUCAGAUCGCCCUCAUCCAAUCGGUCUUCUCUGCGCUCUCGUCAGAGCAGUCUAUCAUCGCUAGCACAUUCGACUCCAGCGCCGCCGAAGAAACGAAAGAUCUCCACUUCUCGCGACCUCAAGCCAACCGUGGAGAAGAGAGCUCUCGAAGAAAGACAGCCCAACUUUUUGUUGCACAAGGAUUCAAGCAGAACUCCCGUGGUUCCUGUUCUGGCGGCUGCGACAUCGCGUCCCAGCUUGGCCAAGACUCCUCUGAACGAUGUGGAAAGGUUUCUAUCCUCCAUAUUUCAUCCCUUGAGCUUCACCUUCAGGAAACCGCUAAACCAUCCCAAAGUGGCUCCAAAACAAUCACCGGCUCUUCCUGCAAAGGCUCAAAGUUUGAAAGAAAAUCAAAAGUUUGUAUUUUGUGAAGGACACAAUUUCGAAAUCCUUUUUCAGAACCUCCAACUUUUCAUCGGAAAUCGCCUCUAACAAGCCUUCCAAGACAGUCUUCAGGGAAAAUGAGAAGUUCGUUUACGUUGAAAAAUCAUCAAUAAUGGGAAAGAGACUUGAUACAACGUUUUGGACUUUUAACAAAGGCAGAUAGAAAAAACAUUUAUGCCCAAUCAUUGAAAGUUAAUUGAGAAUGCUUUGACUAAUGACCCGAAAAAAAGAUUUAAUGUCAGUUCCUUAUAAGAUACCACGUAUAGUAGGCAUUAAUAGAAAUUAUUUGAUUAUUUUAAGGCUUGUUGAGAACUGGAAAGAUAAUAUUUUUCAUUUUACAGGAAACCAGCGGUACCAACACCACCCGCGAAAACGCCACAAGCUCGGCAAAGGACUAUCAGCAACUCUUCCAAAUCGCGGCUUCAAGGACCUCAAGAAACACCGAAGAUUAUUCCUGAGAAGUUGCCAAUGAACGCUGAAAACAGAUUGGAAGUCGAAUCUUCUGUUGGUCAACCUGAGAAGAAACAGUCUUUCGCCCAAGUCAAAGGUAAACAGCAUCUUUCCUGCAAUGCUUCAGGGAAAUCUUUCAGAGGUUCCUGUCGCUCUCAAGACUCCACCAGUGCAAAAUGUUCCCAUUCGACAACGUCUGGCGUCGAAUUCGGAAGAAAAGACCAAAACAUCGCUUUCUAUGCACAAAAUGUCUUCUCGCGACAUCGAAUCGGAUGGAUCUGCGUCGCCGGAACUCGGGAUGGACGAUCCUUUGGACCUCCUCAUCUCGGAACCCGUCAACAGCCGUUCUGCCCUCACUUCUCCACAAAAACCGAAAGAGGAGAAAAAUAUCAAACCGAUUCCAAAGGUUGAUUCGAUCGCUUUUUUCAUCAAGCAGUAUUUAUUAUUUUCUCAGAUCAUAAUCAAACCUAUGAAACCGUUGGAUAGAAACUCUGAAGAGAAGAAGACCAUCGGCGACGUCAUUCGCUGCCAAACUCCGGUUAGUUUUGAAUUUCCUCGAUUUAUAUUAUUUUCAAUUUUUCUAGGUGCAAAAGCCUGGAAACGCGGCGAAAAUCGUGAUAUCGCUACCUGCCUCGGUGUUAUCGGACAGUAAGCAGAAAAAGUUGGACCAACCGACUUCUUUGAUGUUUUCCUCUCCGAAAAUCAUCAUUCCAAAGAUGGAACAAGCUGAUAAGCCGGUUAGUCUUGAAAAAUUGUCUUUGAAGCUUGAAAUUGACUUUCCAGGCUCCUCGAAGGUUGAAGAUCAAGUUUGGCGGCGAGCUCAUAGCGCAGAAAGAUAUCUCGAAAGAGGGACUUUCGAAAGAAGAGGUUUUCAUUUUUUCUUGUUCAAAAUUUGAACAAAAUAAUUUUCUAGCCGGAGGUGGCAGAGCCGUUCGUUGAGAAGAGACACAAGCACAAGAAAGACAAGAAGAAGAAGAAGAAGUCCCACAAGCAGCACCGACGCGUCGGCGACAAGAUCGAGAAAAGGAAAAAGAAGAAGAAGAAGCACAGGAUGGAGAAGGAGAAACGCCAGGAAUUAUUGAAAAAGAUUCCUGUCGCCGUGAAAACUGUCGAGAAUCCUGUCGCCGUGGCUCCCUCAGAACAGCCAGUACUGCGAAGGAAUGGCAUCAUCAACGAAUCUGUAAGAUCUCUGCUUCGAAAGUCUCAAUACUUAUUUGAACCCGAAUUCCAGAAAGUCGUCGUCACGGCGGUUGAUAACAAGUUCAAGAUUCGCUUUCCUUCAAGCCUUGCCAAAGUGGCGAGCGCGUUGCCCAACCCACGGAAGAGGCCUCUUCCCAACGGCGAACAUAGGGUAUUUUCACUUUAAACUCCAAUUUCUUCACUGUAGCAUUUCAGAACCCAUCCACUCUUCAAAAGCCGGCUACGAUGAAGUUCAAAAAGCUGACGUUCCGAUUUCGCCUUGGCCACGGAGCGGAGGAAGUUGCCACGAGAGUCGUCUACCCCGAAGAUCUGUCGAAAGGAGAUCCAAAAGUCAACCAGGCCAAGGAACCGAAAAAGUUUGAAGAGAAGAGAAAGGAGCCGUCUUCCGCUCCUGGGAGCUCAGAGAAGAAGAAAGAACGGCACAUCGACAUCAGCGAUCUUCCAUCAACAUCAACGAAAAUUGUGGAAAGACAUCUCGUUCCGCCUAUCCGAAUAAGUAAAGUAGACAAGCCGCGUGAAGAAAAGAAGAUGGAUGCAGCGAGUCUGAACAUCUCUCUGACGAGGUCUCCGACUACUUCUCACUUCCUCCCAAGCGAGAAGACUCCGAGGAAACAAAAAUCGCCGAUGCCGAAAAGACCGCCGCCGCUGCUGCCAUGGAUGCCCGUCGACAACACGACGCCGGUCAAACCAGUCAUCGAGGACAACCUCAGCUUCUUGAAACAAGGCGGACUCGACCGGAAGCCCAUCAAACUGGAACCGACCAUCAUCGCCGAGUUCACGGCGUCGUUGUCGUCCUUGCCUCCACGCAACGCCGCCAUACCCAAACUGGAACCGCCGCCGGAGCAGCCGUCCUCGCCGCCUCUCCGAGCUUCUUCCUCCAUGUCAUUGUUCUUGGACGACGAACGAAGCAACGGCGGCAUUCAAUUCCCAUUCUUGCGAUCUCCGCCACCCGCCAACAAGGAUCCUCUACCGGCUAUUGAGUUUUCUGGUCAGUCGUAAUCUUCGCUCCUCUAACUUAAGAACCCAAAAAUCAUUUGAAAAGAGCGUUAAAAUUAAAAUAACGAUUCAAAAUAAUCUUAAUUGGCACGAGAAAAGGGAGAAGUCUUAACCUUGAAUCUUUAUUCUCACCCACUUCUUCACUAGUCAUGUGAAUAUCCUCAACUUUUCAGACGACGAAAUGGAGGACAUCCGACACAAAGAGUUGCACAAGGCGACGGACAUCAUGCGCGGAAUCACCAUGUCCAGUCUUCAAUCUGGCACUUCCGAACCUUCGCUCAACAACCACGUCGCCUCGACGCCGACUCUGCCUUGGACUCGCUUCUAG